GCGGCCAUGACGGGCGACGGCACGGGCGGGGGGGCGCACGAGCCCGGCGCGGGGGGCGGCGGGGGCGGGACCCUGGGCGUCCGCUGGGGCAACGUUCUCUCCGACAAGGAGGAGCUGAUGGACACGCUGGACGACGAGAAGGACGACGGGGCGGGAGGCCGCAUGUCGGCGGCGGGCCUGGGUCGCAUGCAGAGCCGCUCCAUGACCUCGCUGCCGCCGGAGCCCUUCAUGAUCAUGCGGUCGAAGGCGCUCAACCGCCGCGUGCAGCUCAACGUCGGCGGUGUGCGGCACGAGGUGCUGUGGAGGACGCUGGAGCGGCUGCCGCACACCCGCCUGGGCCGCCUGCGGGAGUGCAACACGCACGAGGCCAUCAUGGAGCUGUGCGACGACUACUCGCUCAUCGACAACGAAUACUUCUUCGACCGGCACCCGCGCUCCUUCUCCUCCAUUCUUAACUUCUACCGCACCGGCAAGCUCCACCUGGUGGAGGAGAUGUGCGUGCUCGCCUUCUCCGACGACCUCGAGUACUGGGGCAUCGACGAGCUCUACCUGGAGUCCUGCUGCCAGCACAAGUACCACCAGCGCAAGGAGCACGUCCACGAGGAGAUGCGCAAGGAGGCCGAGUCGCUAAGGCAGCGCGAGGAGGAGGACUUCGGCGACGGAUGGUGCGCGCCCUACCAGAAGUUCCUGUGGGACCUCCUGGAGAAGCCACAGACGUCCCUCGCGGCCCGGGUGCUGGCUGUGAUCUCCGUGAUCUUCAUCGUCAUGUCCACGCUCGCUCUCGUGCUCAACACUGUGCCGAGCUUUCAGGGUCCGGAGCAAGGAGACAAUGAGAAACUGGCCAUGGUGGAGGCCGUUUGUAUCACAUGGUUCACACUCGAGUAUCUUCUGCGGUUCUCCGCAAGCCCCAACAAGUGGAAAUUCUUUAAAGGGGCAAUGAACGUUAUAGACUUACUCGCCAUCCUCCCUUACUUUGUUUCCUUGUUCCUUAUAGAAUCCAACAAACACACAGACCAGUUCCAGGAUGUGAGAAGAAUUGUUCAAAUCUUCAGAAUCAUGAGAAUUCUCAGAAUCCUUAAGCUAGCCCGACAUUCGACGGGUCUUCAAAGUUUGGGUUUCACACUGAAAAAUUCAUAUAAGGAAUUAGGUUUGUUGAUGUUGUUUUUAGCUAUGGGCGUGUUAAUCUUUUCGAGUCUCUGCUACUUUGCGGAAAAAGACGAAAAUCCUGUGUACAAAAGUAUCCCAGAGACUUUCUGGUGGGCGGGUAUUACCAUGACGACGGUUGGGUACGGAGACAUGUAUCCUAUCACACCCCUGGGCAAGGUCAUUGGGUCCGUGUGUUGUAUCUGUGGUGUGCUGGUCAUUGCGCUGCCUAUUCCCAUCAUCGUCAACAACUUCGCCGAGUUCUACAAGAAUCAGAUGCGACGCGAGAAGGCCCUCAAGCGCCGCGAGGCCCUCGAGAGAGCCAAGCGGGAAGGAUCCAUCGUCUCCUUCCACCACGUGAACCUCCGUGACGCCAUCGCCAAGUCCAUGGACCUCGUGGACGUCAUCGUGGACACAGGUCACAACAUGUCCCAGGCAGAUGCCAAUUCGGUGGCAGGGGAAUCCAUGCGUGCUGGCCAGACCGGCACUGGAUGUUACAAAAAUCACGAACACCACAUGGGUCGCCUGCAGAAGGAGGCUCGGCAGGGGGCGGGCGUGAACGCCGCCGCCCCUGCGUCGAACAUUCUCGAUAUCCCGGCCACCGAAGAGACGAGGCCGCCGGGCUCCCCCGAUUACCAGACGCCGGACUACAAGGAGUUCAUAGAUGCGGAAUGCCUGGUGCCGGCGCCCGUGACCGAGGCCCCACACCACAUAGAGCUCCGGCCUCUCAAGACGGAGGACGGAGGAGGAGCGUCGGGGGGCUGCACCGUCGACCUCGCUUCCAUGGACUCCACUGACACCUUCGCCUCGUGUCCCACCCACCCCUUCAACUCUCAGGCGGACCUCACCGACGACCCGCCCAAUAACAAAGAUUCGAACCUGUACGUCAACCCUCUGGACGCCGACGGCUACCAGUCUCCCUCUUCCACGAACGCUGCUGCUGCGCCGUCAACUGCCACCGCGGCCGUGGGGCCUCGCACGCCCACGCCCAGAUCGUCGCCUCGCCACCGCGUGAUCCACCGCCCGCAGGCCUACACCACUGACUCCUUCGACGACACCCGCAGCACCGACAACCUCCUCGGAAGCAGCCGGUCCUCGCUGCAGGACUCGCCGCUGCCCAAACACCGCCGCGCGCGCUUCCAGGAGGAGAAGCCGCGUCCGUUCAGCCGUCUGCUGGAGUCUGUGGAGCGGGCCAGGGCUGCGAGGGAAGGUUCAUCUGCCGACAAGGCCAACAAGAUCACCAACAGAGGUCGUAGCGGUAGCAAAUCAUCGCUAGGCGGAGACUCGCUGGACUCGCGGCGCUCCCACGGCUCGCCCGAGCGGCGGAAGUCCAUCCUCAAGCACCGGGACCCUGAGACCGAGCAGCUGCUGCCUGACCUCACCUUCGAGCCUCCUCCGCCGCCGGCUGGGGACCACGACAAGCUGGGGCGCCCCUCCCUCAAGGGCAUCGGGCCCAGGGCGGGCGGAAAGCCUCACGCCCUCCCCGUCAAGUUCGUGGGCGUGGACGAGGAGGAGGACAGCAACCGCCCGCGCCGCACCCUGCCCCGCUCGCCCAUGCCACGGAGACACCCGCAGCGAGCGCCUCUAGCGGACUUGCUGGCGGACUUCGCGGGGCAGGAGAAGGCGGCGCGGGACGAGGCUACGCCCGAGAACAUUCUCAAGGACUCACUUGAGCCCAAACUGGCGGCGACUCUCGACCAGCGCAACGCCAACCUGGUGCUACGCUGCUCCAAGGCGCCCUGCCUGUACAACCAACCUGCCUCCACCUCGCCCAUGGCCACGUCUCCUGACGAGGUUGGCGAGCCGCGACUCUGCCUGUGCGGGGCGCCCAUGACGCGCGUGGCGGCGCCCGCACACGCCACCUCCGCGCCCACCAAUGCCCUCCCGAACGCCCGCCCAGUCACCGAGAACUGCCUCAUGAUGGACGACCUCAACAACGGCCCGGCCACGCUGCGCGACAUCGACGACUUGCUGUUCGCGGACCACACGCCCACCGAGGAGACGCACCUUCUGGACCGCUCGCUCUCCAUCCCUCACAACGCCUCCGGCCUCAACACCUAGCUGUUGCUUCGCCUUCGUGGAAGGACACCCCGGCCUUCCAAUGAAAGGGCUGGAAAGAAACGUGAGACUAAGUGGAGGAUUGAUCUAGGUCAUCCAUCCACUUACCCUGCGGCGAUGCUGCAGACAAUUCACGAGGGGGAAUCACCAUCAAGCGCCUAAGAGCGAGCGAAGACAAGGACCUGUUCCGCCAAACGCCAGAGGUUCGCCAAACAGGAACAUGUUUUCGCGUGAGGGAUCCGCCACAAGAGCCGUCGUCGCCGAGGCCAGUUACUCCAAGACCCUGAGGCGUAUCUCUUCAUGCGGGAGCGAGAUUGGCUUCUUCCUAGCAAUAAAAUCACUAAAUACUUAAAUAAUUGCUCAUCUCGUUGUUGAAAAAAGGUUCGAUUUUUUUUAUUGAUGUGUGUAAUUAAUAAUUUAAUAUAUCUUAGAAAAAAAGCCAUAAGGAAGCGGACAAAACUAAUGUUAAGAAGCUUUCGGAGGAGAGUUGGCCAACUGCCCCUCCCUCUUGGGCUGGGAGGAUGGCGUCGUUUGGGAAUCAGCAGUAAGCUCUGUGCAAACAAACCGUGUUUCAAAAUGUUACACUUAUCCAUACAAACAGUUAGGAAACCAAGCCUUAUAAACCAGCGAGUGGGCAGUUGUCUUUGGUAGGUCUGCCCGACACCAACAGUAUUGCAGUUAAAGUAAGUUGAAAUGGCCCUCGGAUCGCUCUGGAGGGGAGUUCUCGGGGUCCCUCCAGUACGAAAGAAAAAGAAGCGAAAUAUCAAAGUACCUCUUAGCAAUGAUAAAGAAAAAAUGCUUUUGUAACAAAAUUUAUUCCCCUUAUCUUGUCAAGACUUCGUCCAUUGCGUCCCUUUUAUGGGUGUUUUUGUACCGAAGCUUAAAAACAUUGGCAAAAACUAAUUCGGAUUUUCGGGGUUAAAAAGCUACAUAAAAAGUAAAAUAAUCUCUGUGGAGCCGCUUGCGAUACCGAUGGUCACUUGUAGGUCCUAGUAAAAAGUUGUUACAUGUAGUACCGUAGAGGCGACGCCACCGUGAUAAAAAAUAGAAAUUACCAGCUUUGUGCGCCUACAAGCCAUUCCGCCAGUCAGCCAAGCAGCCAGCCAGCCAGCGCCUAGCCUUCCGUGUCUGUAAAACUCCGCUAUUCGCACCAAGAAAUAGACAGUAUGGCUAUCGCAUGGAGCGCCCGCAGAAAAGGGGAAAUACUCAUCUCGCCUUCGUUGGGUGAUAAACAAAAAUACUCGAGAUUAAACUAGCCUGGCUUAGGCAGCCCGAUAACAGAUAACAAGGAAACUAUCGUCGAUAAGAACAGUAAUUCCUAAAACACAAAGUUAGAUCAAAAUAGUUUUCUUCGCUUGCUUUCUCUCUCUCUCUUCUCUCUCUCUCUCUCUCUCUCUCUCUCUCUCUCUCUCUCUUUAUAUAUAUA